AUGUCUGAUCAAGACAUUCAUCAGAAUGAAUUCAACGAAUUGCGAAAUAUCUUCAAAUAUCACAUCGAUUCAUAUAAUGCGCUAUAUCAGUUAAAAACUGAAAAUGAAGAAGAAUUAAACUUGAUUUACAAAAAGAUCCAGACAGAAUUGAUUGAUUCAAAGAAAUCUCUUCCAGAAUAUAUUAUUGAAGAUAUUUUAGAUAUCAUUCCAUAUAAUAACCGCUAUACAAAGUCAUACUUGGAACUAUCCAAACAUAUAUUUGAUGAUUAUAAUGUUUCAAAGGUCAAAAAUAUUAACUCUAUUUCAAAUUACCUAUUUUAUAAAGAAUAUCGAAUUAAAUUAGACAAAUCUGAUAAUUUCGACAAAAAUAAUUUCGAAAAUCUCGAAAUUCAUUCAGAAAAUACAAUUUACAGAGCAAUUAUGGACAAUAACUUAGAAAAAUUCAUUGCUUUUACAGAAAGUGAUGAAUUUGAUAAAGAUCAAAAAAUUGAAAGCAAAUUAUAUCCAAAUUCUUUUGUAAGAUAUUCAUUACUUGAAUUAUGUUGUUACCAUGGAGCAGUUGAUUGUUUCAAGUUAUUAAGAACGAAAUUUAGCUCAGAAAUAACUAAAAUUUGUCUAGAUCUUUCAUUUCUAGGAAGAAACAAAGAGAUCAUGGGUGAAUGUUUGAAAUAUCAAAAACCAGAUGAAGAAUGCAUGAGAUAUGCAAUUAUUUCGCACAACAUUGAUUUUGUUACAUUCUUAAUGAAUGAAUACAAUAUAGAAAUCGAAAUAUUUUAUUGUGGAAUUUACAAUAAUCUUGAAUCAUUUUUAGUUUAUUUCGAUCAAACUAAUGAUAUUAAAGGAGUAUUUGUUUAUUCGGUAAUGCUCAAUAUUCCAUCACUUUGCGAAUAUUUUCUUUCACAUGGGGCAGAUAUUAACGAAAAAAUAAUUACGGAUAUACAGCUCUUCAUUGUGCAGCAGAAUAUAAUAAAAAAGAAAUAG